GUUCUAAAGGUUGGAUGUGUCUUCCGCUAAGGGGAAACUCUGCCGAAAUUUCGUGGACGCCGACACUUGUGAAAAUAUCGAGGGAGCUGAGUGUGGACAGCAAAGGGGAGCUGAAAUUCGUCAUUUCUCAAGAAGGAGAUGAAUGAGAGAGGAGGAGAUGCUAAUGGAAGAGGAGCUGUAGCUGAGAAGACAAGUGAGCCGCCGCCAUCAAAAGUUGAAGCUUUGGAUGGCUCCAACUAUGAGGAAUGGAGCGGACGGAUGAGGAGUGCCUUCAAACGCUACAAGCUACUGAAGAUUGCUCAAGAUCAAUGGACACCUGAGUGGCUAAGGCAGCAGAUUCUGCAGGAGGACUUCCGCAGACGCCAUGUGGGAGGCGGUGCUGCCACUAAGACUGCUGAGGGGUAUGGAGCUGCAAGGCGCGGCAGAGGAAGAGGGGGUUGGAGAGGCCGAGGCCGUGGGAGAAGCUUUGGCAGAGGUAGAGGCCGAGGUGACUAUAAUGAGGGGCAUGGGAGCUCCAGUGGCAGGGGGAGUACCAGAAUGGAGGGCACCUGCUGGUACUGCAAGAAGGUUGGGCAUCCUUGGUUCAAGUGCUUCAGCCGGCCGGAGGGAUGGUCACCUCCAGGCAUGAAGCCGCCAAGUGGUGAACGCGCACAAGGUGGCGCUGUGCAAGGCUCAGGUGCACAAGGUGAAGGUGCACAAGGUAACGCCUAUCCUGGGAUGUAUCUCAUGGUUGAGGAUGUGCAUGGGCAUGAGGGUGAUGUGGGAUCUGUGGGAAAGGUUGUGAUGCACCCUCUCACGCACUGGGUGAUUGAUUCGGGUUGCACCAGUCACAUGACUCCACGGGCAUAUUUGCUUGAUGAGGUAAAACCCCCUGGGAAGAUUAAGUAUGUGGCAGCAGCGUCAGGUGCUUUGCUCCCCGUGAUUGGUGUUGGGAAUGCCAAGGUUAAGGGAGCUAAUGGGGAGCUUGUGGGGCUUGGGAAUGUUCUGCUGGUUGAAGGCUUGUCUGCUAACCUUCUCUCUGUGCGACGACUGCAGAAGAGCAAGGCCGAAGUGACCUUUGGACCAACCAGCUGCCGUGCUAAGCUUGGGAAGAAGAUGCUGUGGAGUCUGGAAGAGGAGACCAGCUGCAUCAAGGACCUGUGGCAGCUGCCCAUCAUCCCAUGGAAUGGGAAGACUCCAACAGCAGCAACGGCAGCAGCGGCAAAGGCAACAGCAGGAGGAGAUGCAACUGCACCAACUGAUGGGGUCCUGGAAGCAGUCAAGAAAGUGCAGCAGCAGCAGACACAUGGUGAGGUGCUUGCUGGUGUGGAUGCGAGUGCGGCAUGGGCUAAGGCUUCAUCAAAGAGUGGAGAGGCCGAUUGGGAGACAUGGCAUGAGAGGCUGUGUCAUGUGAACUUCCCUAUGCUGCAAAAGUUGGUGAAGGAUGGGAGCCUGAAGGGCUUGGAGGUGAAAGGGGGAGUGAAGGAGAUUGGGAGCUGCCCUACAUGCUUGGAGACCAAGUUCUCCAAGUUCCCCUUCAACAGCACUACAGGACCAGCCAAGACCCCACUUGCACUUGUGCACAUGGAUGUGGUGGGGCCCACAAGAGCCCCUUCCCUCUCAGGCAGCCGCUAUUUCUUGACAAUUGUGGAUGACCACACUCGGGCAGUGUGGGUUUACCCUUUGAAGAGCAAGGGGGAGGUGGCAGCGGCUGUCCUUAAGGAGUGGAUGCCGAGAGCUCAGAGGGAAUGCGGACACAAGGUGAAGGUGAUCCGUAGUGACAAUGGUGGGGAGUUCAUUGGAGCUGAUUUUGAGGGGGAGUUGAAGAGGAAGGGGAUCCAGCAUCAACUGACAGUGCCCUACAACCCACAGCAGAAUGGCGUGGCUGAGAGGUUCAACAGGACCCUGCAGGAGGGGGCACGCACUCUCCUUGGGCGUGCAGGGCUGCCUGAUCCGUUUUGGGUGUCUGCACUGAGGCAGGUCGCCCUUGUGAAGAACAGGGUGCUGGCUACAGUUGGAGAUAAGGAGUGGAUCCCAUAUGUCAAGUGGUAUGGGAGUGCUCCAGCUGUGAACAUGCUGAGGGCAUUUGGGUGCAUGGUGGUGUUUCAUGUGCCUAAGGAGAAAAGGGGGAAGCUGGAGGCUUCUGGAAGAUGGGGUGUGCACUUGGGGAUUGCAAAGGAUCACAAGGGGUGGCUGCUAUGGGACUUGACCACCCAGAAGUUGACAGUGUCAAGGGAUGUGAAGUUUCUUGAGUCCCUGUACUACAAGGAAUGGAAGCAGCAGCAACAGAAGCUUCCAUCUAUACCGCUCAUUGUGGAGGCACAUGAGGUGCAGCAGUCUUCAAGACAGGUGGAGGUUGCAGUGUCAGAGGAGGAGAUGUCUGGGGUGACUGAGGAAGGGGGAGCAGCUGAAGUAGAGCAGCAGCAGCAGCAGCAGCAUGAGUCUCCACCUCGAGUUCCACACCCGCCUGAGCGUCCUAGGAGGGAUGUGCGCCCUCCAGUGAGGCUGACCUAUGGGGGAAGAGGCAAGCCGAAUGUGGUGCAGGCUGGGAGUGUGGUUGAGCAGAUUGAGGAAGAUGAGAUCGCUCACUGCUACUGGGCACCAAUCCCUGAGCCCAAGACUCGAGAAGAGGCCUUGAAUGGACCAGAUGGGGAGAAGUGGAAGGCGAGUGAGGAUGAGGAGUUCGGGUCCCUGAUUGAGAACGAGACAUGGGACCUGUGUGACUUGCCUCCUGGAAAGAAGGCAAUCACUUCCAAGAUGAUCUACAGGCACAAGUAUGGACCUGAAGGGGAGCUGACCCGCUACAAGUCUAGGCUUGUGGCACGGGGGUUUCAGCAGACAAAAGGGAAGGACUAUGAUGAGGUGUUUGCUCCUGUGGGGAAAGGAACAACACUGAGGGUGCUGUUGGCGAUAGCUGCACUCCUGGGAUGGAAGAUACGGCAGAUGGACAUUGUGACUGCCUUUCUGAAUGGGAUCAUUCUGGAGGAGGUGUACAUGAAGCAGCCAGAGGGGCUGGAUGAUGGGAGCGGCAGGGUCUGCAGGCUGAAGAAGGCAAUCUAUGGCCUUAAGCAGGCGCCUCGUGCAUGGUAUCACAAGUUGGAGGAGGCGCUGGUGGCUGGGGGUUUCAAGAAGAGUGAGUGUGACCCCAGCCUGUUCCUGCUGCAGGAGAAGGACGAAAUCCUCAUGCUCUUGGUGUAUGUGGAUGAUAUCCUUCUCUUUUCUGCAUCCACUGCUUUGCUGGACAGCGCAGAGCAGAUGCUGGAGAUGCAGUUCAAGUGCUCCAAGAUGGGUGAGGUGAAGUACUACUUGGGGAUGCACGUGGAGAGAGAUGUGGAAAAGGGUGUGCUGAGGUUGCACCAGAGGAAGUACUGUGAGGGGCUGGCUGAGAAGUAUGGGCUGCAAGAUGGGGGAAAGCCAGCAACACCACUACCUUCAGGGUUUACUGUGGAGCCAUGUGCUGAUGAGGAGGUAGUGGGUGAGAGUGACAGGAAGCUGUUUCAUUCGAUGGUUGGGUCGCUGAAUUAUGCUGCAAAUCAUACACGGCCUGACAUUGCAUUUUCUACAUCACGGUUGGCUAGUGUGGUCUCACGCCCUAGUCAUGAGCGGAAGCGGCCAAGAGGUUGGUCCGCUAUCAUUUGUGUGGUGUGUGUUCUGGAGUUUGGGAAUGUGUUCUGUGUUAUUUUUGUUUGAGCAGGUAUUUGUGAUGAUAGAUCUUGAGAAGAUCUUUCCGACGCAACGAGAAUCCCUUCAACCGGAGCAAGAACGCGAAAGCUAUGAAGAUUCAAAGUUCAUGAGCUUGCGUUACAAUUGCGGCGGUUACAAAGUGAAGUUGUGGGGUGACUUUAUAUGGAGUUGGGACCUUUGGGGUUGGGGAAAUUUGUCACUCUACUGUAACAGCUGCAAAUUGGUUGGGAACAACCAAGCUAGGUUGGCAAGGGUGGCCAACUUGGAUGGAUUGGUUGGGAAGGGACAAAGGUCAAAGUUGAGGUUCCUAUAGGGAGGGAAUCUUUGUGCUUAUGGGGUUUCCUUGGUUGGGGACUCUCUUGGGACCUUCCCUCUCAUCUCUCUCUUCUAUCCCAACCUUUCUCUUGCUCCUCCAAUUCCUUGUGAGAUUCUUGAACUUUGAUUGAACCUUU